AUGACGCGAGCUACUCGUCUCAUCUAUGGGCUGGGGGCCGUGGCAUCCUUGCUCAGCACCGCCAUCGCGACGGAGGCUCAGACUACCAAGGACUGGCCAUUACAAGAUGAUGGCUUGAACCAGGUCGUGCAAUGGGAUCACUACAGCUUCCACAUCAAUAACCAACGGAUCUUUGUUUUCUCAGGAGAGUUCCACUACUGGCGCAUUCCAGUGCCCGGUCUCUGGCGUGAUAUUCUCGAGAAGAUCAAGGCAGCUGGCUUCACAGCGUUUGCGUUCUACUCGAGCUGGGGCUAUCAUGCGCCCAAUAACCACACGCUCGAUUUCACCACCGGUGCGCAUGACUUCACCCCUUUGUACGAAUUGGCCAAAGAGCUGGGCCUCUACAUUAUCGUUCGCCCAGGCCCGUAUGUCAAUGCCGAAGCCAGUGCCGGAGGAUUUCCUCUGUGGCUGACGACUGGUGAAUACGGCACGCUUCGCAAUAACGAUACCCGCUACACAAAAGCCUGGACGCCGUACUUCACCAAGUUGUCCGAGAUCACGAGCAAGCACCAGGUCACCGGGGGUGGGAACACCCUUGUCUAUCAGAUUGAGAACGAAUAUGGAUCACAAUGGGAGGGGUGGGCUUCAGAACGUCAACCCAAUGAGGAUGCCAUCGCCUACAUGGAACUCCUCGAGGCCAAUGCCCGCGCCAAUGGUAUCACUGUCCCAUUGACGUCCAACGAUCCCAACAUGAACUCUCACUCCUGGGGCAGUGAUUGGUCCAAUGAGGGCGGCAAUGUCGAUGUGGCAGGACUGGACUCAUAUCCGUCGUGCUGGACCUGCGACCUAAGUCAAUGUACCUCCACCAACGGCGCAUAUGUUCCAUUCCAGGUGUUGGACUACUACGACUAUUUCCAAGAAUCCCAACCAAACCUGCCUUCAUUCAUGCCCGAAUUCCAAGGCGGAUCAUUCAAUCCCUGGGGUGGUCCCGAGGGUGGCUGCCCUCAAGAUAUCAACCAGGACUUUGCUAACCUCUUUUACCGCUGGAACAUCGGUCAGCGCGUCACGGCGAUGAGCUUGUACAUGUUGUUUGGUGGCACCAAUUGGGGUGCCAUUGCGGCGCCGGUCACGGCGAGUAGCUACGACUAUUCAGCCCCCAUCUCGGAGGAUCGAUCCAUUGGAGAUAAAUACUAUGAGACCAAGCUGCUGGCUUUGUUCACUCGUUCCGCCAAAGAUCUGACCAUGACAGAUCUCAUCGGCAAUGGCACUCAGUACACGGACAAUGCGAAUGUCCGUGCAUACGAGCUUCGGAAUCCCGAGACCAAUGCCGGCUUCUACGCCACAUUCCAUAGCAACACGUCCAUUGGCUCAAAUGAAGCGUUCCAUGUCAAGUUGAACACCUCUGCUGGUGCUCUGACGGUACCAAAGCACGGUGGUGUCGUUCGUUUGAAUGGACACCAGUCCAAGAUCUUGGUUACCGAUUUCAAGUUUGGCAAGGAGACCCUGCUGUAUUCCACCGCUGAAGUCCUGACAUAUGCUGUCUUUGAGAAUACUCCAACCUUGGUCCUUUGGGUGCCAGCCGGAGAGUCGGGCGAAUUCAAUAUCAAGGGUGCAAAGAAGGGAUCUGUCAGCGCUUGUCACGGUUGCUCGAGUGUUGGCUUUUACCCCGAACAUGGCGGACUCACAGCCACCUUUACUCAGUCCUCUGGCAUGAGUGUACUAGAGAUCGACAAUAUUCGAGUCAUUUUGCUUGACAGAAAGUCUGCGUAUAAGUUUUGGGCUCCAGCACUUACCAACAAUCCCCUUGUGCCCGAGACUGAGACCGUGCUCGUUCAAGGACCGUAUCUUGUUCGCGGAGCCGGUGUUUCCGGGUCCAAACUGGCUCUGACUGGCGAUAACACUGACAAAACGGUGCUCGAGGUCUUUGCUCCCAAGAACGUCAAGUCGGUCACCUGGAAUGGAAAAACAGUUCAUGUUGAACGUACAGCAUACGGUAGCUUGAAGGGCUCAGUCGAGGCACCCAAGACCAUCAAGCUCCCUUCAUUUGGCUCCUGGAAGUCCAAUGACAGUCUGCCCGAGCGAUUGGCUUCCUAUGACGACUCUGGUGCAGCAUGGGUCGACGUCGACCACCAGACUACUUCGAACCCACUUAAGCCUAAGACUCUGCCUGUCAUGUAUGCUGAUGAAUAUGGGUUCCACAACGGUGUCCGUCUCUGGCGAGGAUAUUUCAACGGUUCCGCUACGGGGGCCUACAUUAACGUUCAAGGUGGAUCUGCUUUUGGCUGGUCCGCAUGGCUCAACGGCAAAUUCAUCGACUCCUUCCUAGGCGAUGCCAGCCACGACCAGGGCAACCUCACUCUCUCCUUCUCAAAUGCCACCCUCAGCACCACUGAGCCCAAUGUUCUCCUCAUCGUCCACGACGAUACCGGCCACGACGAGACUACGGGCGCUCUGAACCCACGCGGUAUUCUCGAGGCCCAGCUUCAGGGCUCUGCAUCCGGCUUCACUCACUGGCGCCUCGCCGGUACCGCCGGCGGCGAGUCGAAUCUCGAUCCAGUUCGCGGUGUAUACAACGAAGAUGGUCUGUACGGUGAACGUGUUGGCUGGCAUCUUCCCGGGUUCGACGACUCGAAAUGGCCCACCACCACCAGCCUCGGUUUCAAGGGCGCCACGGUGCGAUUCUUCCGCACCACCGUCCCCUUGAAUUUCCCUUCUGGCACGGAUGUGUCGGUAUCGUUUGUCUUGUCGACUCCCGCCGGUAGCACCAAGGCGUAUCGUGCGCAGAUCUUCAUCAACGGAUAUCAGUACGGUCGGUACAACCCGCAUAUCGGAAAUCAGGUCAUCUAUCCGGUUCCGGCGGGGAUCUUGAACUACAACGGGGAGAACACGGUGGUCGUGGCUCUUUGGGCUCAGACCGAGGCCGGUGCGGAUAUCAAGGUGGACUGGCGGGUGAAUUAUGUGGCAGACAGUUCGCUGGAUGCGGUCACUUUGUCGGAGAAGGCGGAGGAUUUGCGGCCCAAGUGGACUGAGGAGCGGAACAAGUUUGCCUAG